GUCAGUGAGCAUUCCGACCUCCCACUGAUUACACUUGCCCGUCAUCUCUCAAUUAAAUUCAGUAUCUGUACGAUUGCGCUGCGAAUUACAUCUCCGCCGAGGAUGUCGAGCCUGUCAUACACAUUCAGAGGUUUAAUUGUACCGGUGCUGGCGCCAUUCACCGAACGGUUGACGGUGAAUACUCCGAUAAUACCGAUGUACGCGAAGUACCUGGCUGACAGCGGUAUCAAAGGAGUCCUCGUAAAUGGCACCACUGGGGAGGGAAUGUCGCUGUCGGUGCCCGAGCGCAAACAGAUUGCAGAAUCAUGGGCGAGUGCUGUCAGGACAACCAAACAACAUCUGAUGAUUCAAGUCGGCGGGGCGCCCCUUCCGGAUGUCAUUGAUUUGGCCAAACAUGCGGAGGAAAUCGAAGCGGACUCGAUACUCUGCUUGCCAGAACUAUAUUUCAAACCUGCGAAUGUGAAUCAGUUGAUUAAUUACCUCAGAAUUGUGGGGGAAGCUGCGCCGAGGACGCCGCUACUCUAUUACCAUUUCCCGGCGCGGUCCAGUGUCAAUCUUCACAUGGGGAAACUUUUGGAGACAGUCGGGACCCAAGUUCCGUCUUUCGUUGGAAUUAAAUUCACCAGUACGAACCUCGAAGAGGGGUCCCACGCCUUGCGCGCUGAUAACAGGAGAUUUGUCGUCUUCCAAGGGAGUAAUGAAAUUUUGUCAGCGGGUUGCGCCGUGGGAAUGGACUCCUGUAUUCCAUCGAGCACAAACGUUUUUCCCGAGAAUGUUCAGCAGAUCAUCGCCGCUGGAACGAGGGGCGAGGGUUCAAGAGCGAGAGAGGCACAAGAAAAAUUGAACAAGGCCCUCACCGUCAUUUCUAAAUACGGCAAUUGGUCCGCGGCCCUGAAGUCCGCAAUGUCCCUGAUGACUCCGAUAAACCCGGGCCCCACUCGUCCGCCGAACGCUCGACUCACUCAAGAGGACAUCCGCUCAAUGCGCCAAGAAUUACGAGCGCUCGGUUACUCAGUCAACAAAUAAACUAAAAAAAUUUGCAUUUAGAAUUUUCCCUCAAAAUCCGAAACUUCAAAUGGAAUGAGAGUAAUAUUCAGUACUAGCCUGCUCACCCUACGCGAUCCAGCGACUGCAGUCACGUCCGCGGGAACGCACCGCCGUGAAUUUAGACUUCAACGUUGCCGAAUUUACUCUACACUGCCCGGGCGCGUCUAGCGAGUUUCCGGCAACGUUGCAUGACGGGCCACUUCAUUUAACACGAGAAAACGCGUCAUGGGUUGGGCUGCAGGGAACUAAAUUGACGAAAAUGAGGCUUGAAGACUUUGAUGGAAUGAACACUGAAGUCUUGGACCUGAGCGAGAACAAUCUCACUGAAAUCGUCGCGGAUGCGUUCAAGAACGCGACGAUUGAGAAGCUUAUCCUGCCGACGGAUCUUGCAGCGAAUGCAAAUAAAACUGUCUGGGGGCUGCCUAAAUCAGCAAUUCUUUAUCAAGAUCUUGACGAUUGUUAUUUAACUAAUUUGAUCAUUAUAAAAUAAAACUAUGUUGCAAAGAUUA